AUGUCGACCGUCAACCAAAUGUUAUUUGGCGACAGGAGCGACGUUCCUGAUCUCUUAAGGGCUUUGGCUGACUAUCCAUUCUCCUUCCCUGCCUUUGACGACAGUGAAAUUGGACACCCUGCCACCUGCAUACAUCUUUGGUACACGAGGGGAAAGAUGAUAUUUUUUGGCCUGCAUAAGGGGAACAGCAGGGGGCAGUGA